GAAAACACAUAAUAUUCAAGCAAUUUGUAGACUCUUCACCAUCAACACUGUAAAGAAAGGGUAUAAUAUGUGGCUUUCAGAAGUACAAAAAAUUGGAAUUGGUGUAACAAGUUUGGGGCUUCUAUUCAUGGUACUUGGCGUAAUAAUGCUGUUUGACGGCCCUCUACUAUCUCUUGGAAACAUCUUGUCUGUAUCAGGCGUAUUCAUGAUUAUAGGACCCUCGAAAUCAGCAAACUUUUUUAUAAGAAAAGAAAGAAUGCUGGGAAGCAUAAGUUUUGUUGGAGGAUUCCUCCUCACGAUCCUACGCUUUCCUGUUCUUGGUUUCUUCUUUGAAUGCCUCGGAUUCUUUAAUCUCUUCCGGGUGUUUUAUCCCAUCAUUAUUAGCUUUUUAAGGUCUUUGCCUUAUAUUGGACCUUUCGUGGAUCGUUUGACUUCUUACCAGCAAAGUCCUGUGUAAAGCGUGUCCUGUUUCUAAUGAUUAAAAGAUUACAGCAUAACAUACUCUCUUUAAGAUAAGUUUUUAAGUAAAUGAUUCGAAUGGAGAUUAGUCUCUUUCUUAACGUUACAACAAUCUCUUUAUAAUAAACUCUUAUUACUUUCUUUUCUUUUCUGCUUUUCAAACAAACUACUACGGUUGCAAUUUUGCAUGGAAUCAUAUUCAUUCAUAAAC